GUGCUAUCUAUAUGUCUUGCGGCAAUCUUUCGCCGAAACUUUCAUUUUGAAACCACAAAUGUUACCCACCGUAGCCAAGCUACCACAUUUUGCGUCUCUGGAGAAGGAAAAACAAAAUUCCGUGUAAUUUUCUAUUGAGAAGCGGAUCUAAGAUCCCAUUUUCGAGUGAGCAGAAAUGAGCAAAACGUCGAAACUGGAAUUUCUAGGGCAAAAUAUCAACUGGAUCACGCUUUCUUAUUGAAACUGAAAUUCCAGGCUAAGGGCAAGGAUCAACUUUAUCACCCCGCCAAACCUCUGGUUUCUUGUUUCUCUGCCGUGAUUAGUGAUGGGAGGGAAGGAGGUAUCAGAGAGCUGUGUCAACAGCUUGGUUACAGAGAUGGUUUCAUCCUAUUGCAACCGCUUCUAUUCUACUAAGCCAGAGCUCGCAGCUCGAAGAAUUGAAGCCAUUGGAUUCCAAGUUGGUCUCCAACUCUCUGAGAGGUAUACAAUGGAUGGAUCCCGAUUCAUUGAUCAGUUGGAAGCAAUCAAAUUCAUCUGCAAGGAUUUCUGGCAGAGCCUCUUCAAGAAACAAAUUGACAAUUUGAAGACCAAUCAUAGAGGGACUUUUGUCUUGCAAGAUAACCAGUUCAAGUGGCUAACACGCAUGUCUGUUGACCAUACCCUGCCAAAACCACAACCUGACUCUCUGGCAUCGGCUGCAGCGGACAAUAAGACAGCACAGGCAGCUAGCAUGCAUCUCUACUUUCCUUGUGGGAUCAUAAGGGGAGCCCUCACCAAUUUGGGAGUGCCAUGUGCAGUUUCAGCAGAUCUAUCAAAUCUUCCAGCUUGUUCAUUUGUUGUUCGCAUCAAAGCAUGAAGGAAUUUUUAGCGUGGCACAGAACACAAUGUGGUCUGUUGGUCUGGGGGAGGCUUGGGGUGAAUUGUUUCUUAUUGGGGAUAUGUAAUUUGUGUUAAUUGGGUGCCUUUUUUACUUGGAUGGUUUGAGAGAGCAGGUUUGGGAGCAUUUGUGGCUUGCUCGGUUCACAAAGCAGCAAUGAUGAAUGGCAAGUUUGUAUUGUGUAAGCCUUGAACUAUGAAUAAUCUUUUCAGUGCAAGGAAUCCAUGGAACUAGAAAGUAGUGAUUUAUCCAUGAAUUUUCUUGAAUUUUCUUGUCAAGGACACUGAUAAAAAGAUAGGAACAAACAAGAGAUUGGGACCUUAUCUUUUAUAAUCAAUUGUGGAACUUAGGUUGAGCUCA